CUGAAAUUUGCCGUCGCAUCCUGACUCUUUAUGCUCUGACUGAGUCUGCUAAGACCUUUAACUUGCUCGACCUCUCAAGCAAUGACUGCCUCCACAGGCAUUCCCUCGGAUGCGUCUGCAGCAGUAUUCAAGCCUUCGGAGCCGGUACCCGAAGGUGUACUCUCGGUACAAGGUCCCGAUUUCGAUAGGCAGCUGUCUCUGGAACAGCUUCUAGCGUCAUAUGAACGGAUAGGGUUUCAGGCCAACAGUCUUGCCAAAGCGAUUAACAUUGUAAAUGAGAUGCGUAAUUGGCGCCUUUCAGACGAAGCACCUGCAGAGAACGAGUCCGACGAGUACCUUGAUCCCGAGGUCCGGGCAAACACGCGCUGUGACAUCUUCCUAGGAUAUACGUCCAACCUCAUUUCUUCUGGGCUGCGCGAAGUUAUUUUACACCUCGUAAAGCAUAACCACGUCUCGGCGAUAGUAACAACAGCGGGUGGCAUAGAAGAAGACUUUAUCAAAUGCCUAGGCAAGACCUAUGUGGCCGAUUUCAACCUGGACGGCGCCGAUUUACGCAGUCGAGGCAUGAAUCGCAUAGGAAAUUUGAUCGUCCCCAACGACAACUAUUGCAAGUUUGAAGAUUGGCUCUUACCUAUCCUUGACACUAUGCUAGAGGAACAGAGGACUACCGGCCAAAUCUGGACUCCAAGUACGUUCAUCCGUCGAUUAGGCAAAGAGAUCGCCAACGAGGAGUCUGUAUACUACUGGGCAUACAAAAAUAAUAUUCCAGUCUUUUGUCCGGCAUUAACUGACGGGUCGUUGGGCGACAUGAUAUACUUCCAUUCGUUCCGCAACCCGGGUCUCGUUGUGGAUAUCGUCGGUGAUAUUCGUGCCCUAAACGAACUAUCCCGAAAAUCUAAGAAGGCUGGGAUGAUAAUCCUAGGAGGGGGUAUCUGCAAACAUCAGAUAGCGAAUGCCAUGUUAAUUCGUAAUGGAGCAGAUUAUUCAGUUUAUAUUAAUACGGGUCAGGAGUUCGAUGGUUCCGACUCCGGUGCUCGACCCGACGAGGCUGUCUCCUGGGGAAAGAUCAGAGCUGGCGCUCAGUCUGUCAAGGUCUUCGCAGACGCUACGCUAGUGUUCCCAUUACUUGUGGCGGCUACUUUCGCACAAGAUGGAAAACGAUAAAACAACAGCAAAUUGUUCUAUAAUAUUAUCGAAGUAUACAUUGUUGUGCGAUAUACGAAGUUCUAGUCAUCUUGCCAAAAGGGAUAAUUCUAAUUAACAACCCCCUUGGAAGCAACAACCCCGGGUUGUUUGCUUACAAAUCAUCAACCCCCCCAGAACUGAUUUACUGUAGAUAAUAUGUUUUUGUCACUUCUGUCACUGCCCUAUCAGUAGACGAGUUCCUAGUGCUGGUACCUCACAUGUAUUCGGCUGGUAAUGUGAUUGUAGAUGUGC